GAUGUGAUGCAUCCUGCCUCACCUGCUCCGGUCCCCACUCCGUCUCCUGCACCAGCUGCAGAGACGACCACAGGCUCGAGGGCCACAGCCAUUGUGUGCCAUUAGCCAACAAAUGCUCAACUCACGAGUACGCAGACCAGCACGGGGACUGCCAUCCGUGUCACAAAUAUUGCCACAGGUGCUCAGGUCCGGGCAAAACUCACUGCCUGAGCUGCACCCAGAGACAUCUCCUGCUCAAUGGCACCUGUGUGGAUGCGUGCCCCACCGGCUACUAUGAGGACAAGCUGGGCCAGAAAUGUGAACCUUGUCACGCUUCCUGUCAGACGUGUGUUGGGGAAAACAGCAACGAGUGCCUCGCCUGUAAAAGCCACCUAUUCAGAGAGGGCAAAGAGUGUGUGGAGACCUGCCAGCACAGUCACUAUGGAAACACGGACUCGGGGAUAUGUGAGAAGUGUGACCCGAGCUGUGGUGAGUGUAUCGGAGGCGGGGAGGACAGCUGCCUGAGCUGCGCUCUGGGUCUCAUCUACUUGCGGAAAGAAGGCCGCUGCCUCCCCUCGUGCCCUCUGGGAUACUACCACGACGCCGUGCACAGGACCUGCGCGCACUGCCACACCAGCUGCAGAGCGUGUUCAGGAAAAGAUUCUCGAUCCUGCGUCUCAUGCUCCCCUGGAUUUCUGCUCUCUGACGGCAUGUGUGACUCCAUGUGCGAUGUAGGCCAGUAUCCUGUUAUAAAGGUAACCAUGCAAUAUUUAAAUUAAGUUUUAAUUUCACAAAUAUUAACUUUUCAUUAAAGAAAAAAAAAAAAACCUAAGCCUGUCCUUGCUCCACCAAAAAUAAUCAUUAACUAAUGUUUUGGCCCCGGGUGUCAAAUAAUGCAAUUCAGGCUGACUUAUUACUGCACCGCGAGAAAUUUCAAACAGCAGAGUGAAAAUUAUGACUGUGUCAUGAUUCAAAAUAAAUCUCCUGGCUCAUGCUGUGAGGCUACUGACUGAAAGUGUCUGGCAGGUAGAUGCAUAUUAAUUGGUUAAGCUGAAAGGCAGUGCAUUAGUUAUAUUCAGCCCUUUUGGUAAUGAAAGUUUUCUUUGAAGCUUUGAUGUAGAAUUCCUGCUGUAGCUGUGUGUCUGGC